CAUAGCUACGGCAGAUACCUUCCCAGACAGCAUCAUGAUGCUCCUCACAGUCCGAGGCUCGUGCACACACUCGUCAGAGACGCGUUCGUGUGACGGGAUAGGCUACUUUCCGAUUGAUGCGUCAUAGCAGUUCUCAGCUGUAUCACUUUUGGCGCGAUUCUGGAGAUUUAAUUCUGACAUCGGAGACUGACAGAAGCGUCCAGUUUUGAACAAAGGACUGCACUUUAUUUGUAUUUAUACGGUGUAGCUGGUAACUAAUUGUUAGGUCACCUGUGCGAGCAGGUAGAGGUCCCCAAGAACAUGCGUAGACUGUCGGUUUGAGGAAGAGGAAUUGACUCAAACUACCACACACGCUUACAUAGAGGGGCAGGAUGGCGAAAGAAACGCGAGUGCCCUCUCGAAAACAUAGCGCCUCCCACUGGAGACUCCAGAACAUUGCCCAAGAAUCCGUUGAAAGCUCUGACGAGGAGUUUUUUGACGCCCGGGAUGUUAUGGAGGGGAAGACGGCCUUACUCCUGGAAAUGAGCCAGUGGAACUCCAAUGACCUGGUGGAGCAGAUAGAAACACUGGGACACCUGGAGCACUCCAGAGAGAGCCUGUACAGGCUGCGGCAUCCUCGGUGUGCGCCGCAGAGCAGCGUGGAUGGUUUGGAAGACAUGGAGAGGAAAUGCAGGACACAAUUACUCAUCCUGGUGAUUCACGGAGGUCAUAUCUUGGAUUCUGGAGGCGGUGACCCUGGAGGGAAGGCGGGCGAUGCUGCCACUUUGGCGUCCGUGUUGGAGCGUGUGGCUCGGGCUCACUUCCAAGCGUCAGCAGACAGCAUGCUGGUCAGACUGGUGCCCUGCACGCCCGUGUGUGCUGAUGCCUUCUCCCUGGUGUCAAAUUUGAAUCCAUACAGCUACGAUGAAACCUGUGUGUCCAGCAGUGUGGAUCAUUUGCCGCUGGCCGCUCUUCCCAUACUUGCUAUCGCUGCCCCUCAUUACCAGAAUGCUGUCGCUGCAGUCAUUGCUCAGGCCAAUCAGGUUUACCGAAACUUCCUUCAGUCCCCAGAGGGUGUGGGCUUCACAGGACAGGUGUGCCUGGUGGCAGACUGUGUUGGCGGUGUCCUUUGUUUUGACGCCUUGUGUUUCAGUGGUGACAAGCAACAUAGAAGCCCUGAGGGUGGCAGCAGCAACAACAGCACAGAGAGUCUAAAGGAGAAGCCAUGUGCGGUGAACUCGCUGAGUCCCACUCUCCGAGGCAGCAAGCGCCUGAGUAAGAGCAACAUUGAUGUGUCAACCCCGUGUGAUCCGCUGUCUGGAGUCCCCUAUCCACUCACCCGAAAGCAAAGUGACUCUUGUGAUGCAGACGUGGCCAGUGGUCAGUGUGAUGUCUUUAUCAGCAGUCUGUCCCAGGAUGAUCAGUGUGACUCCAGGCAGGCUCUCCAUCCAGGCUGCUUUGAGUUUGAAGUGUCAGAUUGCUUUCUGCUGGGAUGCCCACUGGGGCUGGUGCUCGCAAUGAGGAGGACAGUUUUACCUGCCCUUGAUGUGGCACAGCUCCGACCAGCUUGUUCUCAGAUUUUUAAUCUGUUCUACCCGUCGGACCCCUCGGCCUCACGUCUGGAACCUUUGCUGCACCCAGUCCUCACCCACCUCCCCCCGUUUCCUGUUUCCCGUUACCAGCGGUACCCUCUGGGAGACAGGCGCUCCACUCUCAUUGCAGACACCGUGCUCAGACACUUGUCAGACAGCAGUCCAUCUGUGGACGGACACAUAGAGCAGUGCUGUGGAGGAAGUGUGUCUCGCAGGGGCAGCGAUCGGGUUUUUCCACUCGGACUCGCCCGCUCUGAUGCCGAAGGGUCUGAAACUGCCCCGAGCGAGCCUGUUAGCAUCUCAAACAUAUGUAGUCGGUGGUGGGGGUCGAAGCGGUUAGAUUACGUGCUAUACUGUCCAGAUGUGCUCACCACCUUUCCCACUAUAGCACUGCCUCACCUGUUCCACGCCUCAUACUGGGAGUCAACGGAUGCUGUCGCUUUUAUUCUUAGACAGGUACUGCGGUGUGACUGCCUGAAGGCCGGGGAGGCCAAUUGUUCGGACACUAUUCCCAUCUCUCCAUCCAGCCCCCGUGAGAAGUGGCUUCGCAGGCGGACACAUGUCAAAUUACGGAAUGUAACGGCAAAUCACCGAGUUCAUGAUGUCAUUGUGACAGAGGAUGGGCCACAGAUGCUGGUGGGGCGAUUUAUGUAUGGCCCUCUUGACAUGGUGACCCUAACGGGAGAGAAGGUGGAUGUGUUUUUGAAGACCCAGCCUGCCUCCGGCCGUUGGGUGCUGUUUGACACUGUGGUGACCAGCGGCAACGGACGUGUGUCCUACACCAUCCCUGAUAAUAAAAAACUGGGGGUGGGCGUUUACCCCAUCAAAAUGGUGGUCAAAGGUGAUCAGACCAGCGCUGAGGCAUUCCUCACAGUGUUGCCAAGGGGAAUGGAGUGUGUGGUGUUUAGUAUUGAUGGCUCCUUUGCUGCCAGUGUCUCCCUAAUGGGUAGUGAUCCCAAAGUCCGCCCCGGAGCUGUGGAUGUGGUCAGACAUUGGCAGGAUCUUGGCUAUCUGAUCAUCUACAUUACUGGCCGUCCUGACAUGCAGAAGCAGAGGGUGGUGUCCUGGCUCUCUCAACACAACUUCCCUCAGGGCAUGGUCUUCUUCUCAGAAGGACUCGUCCAUGACCCCUUGCGCCAGAAAACCCUUUUUCUGAAGAGUCUGGUGAAAGAGUGUCACAUUAAUAUCAGUGCGGCGUAUGGCUCAAUGAAGGACAUGUCCGUAUACAGCACAUUGGGACUUGCACCUAAUCAGAUAUACAUUGUGGGCAGGCCAUCCAAGAAACAUCAGCACCAGUGCCAGUUCUUGUGCGAAGGCUACGCAGCUCACCUCUCCACUCUUGAGUUUGAGCACGGCUCACGCUCAAAAAAGAACCGCAUGGUGCUUCGGCAGGGAUCGUUUGGCCUUUCCUCCAAAACGGACUUCCUGUCUCCAUCCCCAGACUUCCUGUCCUGCAAGCGCACUCCGCUGCUGCGUCGAGCCAUGUCUGUUCAGCAGCGGUCUCCACCCUCGUCAUCUGUCUCAACCCCCAAACCUGAGCGUGCUCAGAGCCAGCCUGAAUCUCAGAAAGACGGACCAGAGAUUCGCAUCCAGACCGAUGAUCAAGAGGAAGAGGAGGAUGAAGGAGAGGGGAGAAUACAGGAUGUUGUGCUAUAAAGGAAUUGUGUUAAAAGGUACAUGCAGACCAAUUUAAUCAUCAAACACAUCAAGAUCUCAUCUCAAACCAGAAGAACCGUUCAACUCUAGAUGGCUCCUUGCUAGACGAGAGCAGUGAACAGUGAGCUGCAAGGAUUUGCAAAUUAUCUCCAAAACAAACAAUCCCACCGGAGAGAGACGAGACAAAAAUACGCGUGCUGUUAGAAAGAGCCCUAGAACAAAUGUGAAGAUUGGACACUGAACACUUUAACAACCCCCAUGUGACUCUUACAGCAGACUGAAUGAAAGAGGAACAUGGAGGAGACAGAUGUAUGACAGAGAAUAGCUAUAGAAAGUAGUGUCACGGUCAUCUUUAUUGAGUUUUGUGCUUUGCCGGGAGACUCGUUUCAUGUGGUGAAUAUUUUCCUGCAGACUCCUGUAAUGGUCUUUGUGAAGGUAACCAUGGACAUGAGCACCUGAGCCGCAUCUAUUUAUAGCUGUCCUCCUGCAACCUGAGGCAUUGUGUUCUUUAUGACCCACACGUCUGUCGGAUCACCUGGCAGGCGUUUCUCAGAAGACCCCGUUUUCUUGUGUUUUAAUCAGCCGUAAAGUAAAAGCACGUCUCCAGGUGUUUAUUAAUAGAUUUUUUUGGACUCCUGUCUGCAUGUUUCGUUUAACCCAGAAUCUUUUUGUCAAAAUGUUGCUUCAUACUCAUGCAUUAUGUAAAGACUAGUUCUAGGGUGAAGUAUGUGCUAAUAGAUUGUGUGCUGACAGAGUUUUUAGAUGUCCUGCUGUGGUUUGACGUCUGUGACAUUUUCAGAGAGAAUCUGUUUGUGAUUUUGGCUGUACUGCACAAAACUGUAUAUAACUGUAUAAAUGUAUUUCAUAAACAGUGUUAUUGGAAGUUACAAAA